UUUUUCUCUCCCCGCGACGACGACCCAUAAACAAAUACGAACAGCAACGCUCCAACGCCUCGCUCUCUUUCAAUCCAUCGCCUUUUUCUCCAUUCAAUCUCCAUUUUCUCCGCGACCAUGCUCUGAUCCCAGCUCCGGAUCGAGAUCUCUAAUGGGAGACGUUGAACCACAGCCUUCAAUGGAGCCGGAGCAGGCACCUCCACCACCGGAACUACCGUUGUUGGCUGCACCAGUGAUCAAGGCUUUGGAGAUCCGUAAUGAAGCCUCCGAUGCUGUGAUCCACGAGGACCUUUCGUUUUCCCAGCGGUGCAUUGAUGGGAAGGAGGAUGAGGCGGCGAUCCGGCUGCCGAUUGAUGGAUCGCUCCCAGAUGAGAAGCAGCGGGGUAAGAACUUCCGGCAACGGAGCAUGCAUUCUGGUGAGGGGUUUGGGAAUGGGAAGAGGAUCGGGACAUUGGAUGUCGAGAAUGGGAUUCAUCCUAGUGACUCGAGACUGAAGUUGGACAUGUUCGCGCAGUCGGCGCAGAGCUCUGUCUCCGCGGUUGUUGUUCUCAAGACUCUGUUCUAUAUUGUUGUUUGGUAUACCUUUAGCACUUGCUUGACGCUGUAUAAUAAAACACUGUUGGGGGAUAAGCUGGGGAAGUUUCCAGCUCCGUUGUUGAUGAAUACUUUUCAUUUUGGAUUGCAAGCUGUUUUGUCAAAGAUUAUAGUUUGCAUCCAAUCUCGGGGGUCUGAUGCCGUCGUGGUAAUGACAUGGAAAGAUUACUUCAUCAAAGUUGUGCCUACAGCUCUUGGAACAGCACUGGAUAUAAACUUGAGCAAUGCAUCACUUGUUUUCAUAUCUGUGACAUUUGCUACAAUGUGCAAAUCUGCCUCUCCAAUUUUCCUUCUUUUGUUUGCUUUUGCUUUUAGGUUGGAGAGUCCUAGUAUUAAACUUCUCGGCAUCAUAGUCAUCAUUUCUGUUGGAGUUCUAUUGACAGUUGCCAAAGAGACGGAAUUUGAUUUUUGGGGAUUUGUUUUUGUUAUGCUUGCUGCGGUUAUGUCAGGUUUCCGUUGGUCCAUGACUCAAAUUCUUUUGCAGAAAGAGGCCUAUGGUUUAAAGGAUCCAAUGACUUUGAUGAGUUAUGUAACUCCAGUGAUGGCUGUGUCAACUUUAAUCCUCUCCUUUGUAAUGGAUCCUUGGCGAGAAUUUGAUUCGAAUGCAUACUUCAAUAAUUCAUGGCAUAUUAUCAGGAGCUGUAUGUUAAUGCUUAUAGGAGGAUCAUUGGCCUUUUUUAUGGUUUUAAUUGAAUACAUUCUCAUUUCAGUAACAAGUGCAGUGACUGUAACGAUAGCAGGUGUUGUCAAGGAAGCAGUUACUAUUUUGGUUGCAGUAUUCUAUUUCCAUGACCACUUUACCUUGUUAAAAGGACUUGGUCUUCUUACAAUUAUGGUUGGCGUCAGCUUAUUUAAUUGGUACAAAUAUGAGAAACUGAAAAACAAUGUAUGUGAAAAUGGAGAGAUGAUGUCUGCCAAUUCCAACGGAGCUCCAAGAUAUGUUAUUCUUGAUGAUAUGGACACUCUUGAUGAUGAUACUUGAUGACCAUCGUCAGAUACAACAAAUUCAGUAGUUAAUCAGUGAACUACAGCUUUUCCGAUUCUUUACAAUUCUUUUCACCUGGGAUAUGGUCAGAAGGCACGCUCUGAUGUUGGCCACAUUAAAGAAGGCUUCCUGUUUUAUUUACAGAAUCAUGAGUGUGAAUCUCUAUACUCCCAGGCAAGACUUACUCUUUUAAAUUCCAUUACUAGUUCAGCCUCCUGUGUAUGCCUUUUACCACCCAAAAGCUGAAGCUUCAGAGCCAACUUGGAAAUUUCCGGGUUAUCCUUGUACAAUUUUGGAUGAAAGAUUUUCCGCAAUGGUGAUAUGUGUUAUAUUUUUUGGUUUUCCAUUUUGUUGUUGAUCUGUGUUUCUAUUUUCUUUUUGGAUCAUGUAAAUCACUCGAUUUGAAGCAUUUCUGUUCCAUUAAACAAACAGCUACAAAUUUGUACAGUGAGUGCUGGAUGCUAGAAGCAUUGUGUAUCAGACAAAAGCACACCUGUAUAGUUUUACUUGCCAAUGCCAUUUGUAAGACUUGUGCCACAAGAAUUGAAUCUCAGGUUAAAUUUUUCUCA